AUGAAAUAAAAAAUAGCUUUAAUUACUGGUUCUUCAAGCGGAAUAGGUUUGAAAAUAGCACAAAUAUUUUAAAAAGAAAAAAUAAAAGUUUUAAUGUGCGGAUUAGAUGAUUUUAACUAAAAGUUUAAGGUAAAUGAAAAUUUAAUAGACUAUACUAAAAUUGAUUUAUAAGAUAAAUAAUAAAGAUAAAAUUAUGUAUAAAAAAUAAUUUUAAAUUUUAAAGGAAUAGAUAUAUUAAUAAAUAACGCAGGCAUUUUCAGAAAUUUAUAAGUUGAAGAUACGUCUUUGGAAGAUUGGUAAUAAAUGCUAGAAUUGAAUUUGACUGUACCAUUUUUUUUAAUUUAAAGUUUUAUUCCUUAUAUGAAAUAAUAAAAAUUUGGAAGAAUUAUAAAUAUUUCAUCUUAAAAAGGAAUAAAAGGAGCUCCUAAAUAAUCUGCUUAUUCUGCUACAAAGCAUGGCCUUAUAGGAUUAACUAAAUCGGUAGCUUUAGAGACUUGUUAAUAUGGAAUUACUUGCAAUUCUAUUUGUCCAGCAUGGGUAAAAACUACUCCUUUAAUUUAAGAAAUACAAUAAACUGCUGAAAAAAUAAAGUUAGUUUUCAAGAAGAACUUUAAAGCUUUUUAAAAGAUAAAUAGGAAAAUUAUGAAAUGA